AUGCCAACACUACCGUCUUUCUCAGUUGUUGGAACUGAUGGAAUCGUACUGCCUACUCUCGGUAAUGGAUCGUUCAUCAGUAUUGAAGGAGUUGUUGUUCCUACGAAUAAAAAGGGUUUGCCUGUUGAUAGUUCGAGUGGCAAUGUUCUGCCGACUGAUUCUACGCAGCGCUUUGUUUAUCGUAGGCCUUCGCCAUACUGUCGCGUAUCGUCCAGUCUGGAACUGAUUAUUGUGCUAGACACUUCCAGUAGUGUGAAAGUAUUGGACUACAGAAUAAUGAAAGAAAUUGUGAAAAGUUUCCUGCUAGAACACUUCGAUCUGAAUGAAAACCGUGUACGAAUAGGUUUGAUCAAAUAUGGCGAAAGUGUUGAAGUUCCAAUGUCACUGGGUGAUUAUGGAUCUACUGAGCAGUUAGUCACCAUUAUAAGUGAAACAAGACGUAUGAAAGGAAAGCCUCAUUUGGGAGCUGCUUUACGAGAAGUUGCAAACGAAUUUUCUAUCUCUGGAAGUGAAGGAAUGAACAAAGCAGUUUUGAUAAUGAAGAACGGAAAAUCUUUAGACGAAGUUACUGAACCAGCAGAAGUUUUGAAAGAGAUGAAUGUAGAAAUAUUCGUGGUGGACGGUGGAGACGAUCAAAGUCGAUCAGAAAAUAAUGGUAUUACAUCAAGUAGUAAUAUCAUACAAAUUGAAAAGUGGAGAGGAACUGAUUCGGAGAGACUUGGACCGAUUGCUGAUAUUCUUUGCCAGAAAUUCCCGAAUACUUUGACUACUCAGAUGACUUGGGCUCCAAAAAAAACAACACAUUCAACUAAUAGUCCCAGAGAUUGUGCUAAGAUCGACUAUGAGGCUGACGUCAUUAUCAUGCUUGAUUCAUCUGAAAAUUUCAAGACAGAUGAGUUUGAGGCAAUGAAAGAAAGUGUAGCAGCGCUUGUUGAUGAGAGUUUCGAUCUGGCUCCAGACGUCGUGAGAAUCGGAUUUGUUAUAUAUAGUGAUAAAGUUGCCGUUCCUGUAGCGUUAGGGCACUAUGAUGACAGAAUUGAACUUAUUGAAAAGAUAUCAUCAUCAGAGAAAAUCAAUGAUGGAGUUGCCAUAGCUCUGUACGGAAUGAAUGCAGCUAGACAACAGUUCCAGUUACAUGGCAGAGAAAAUGCUACCAGAAUUGUAAUUAUGAUCACAAAUGGUAAAAACAGGGGAAAUGCUGCAGGUGCAGCUGGGGAUCUUAGAGAACAGUUUGGAGUAGAAUUAUUUGUGUUGGCUAUCGGUUCAGAUGCUGAUCAAAUUAAAACUCUUCGUAGAAUAGCAGGUUCCGGCUUAGAAGAACGUGUGAUUGAAGUAGAAUCUGCAAGUGAUAUCGAAAACAAGGCUCAGUCUAUAGGAAGACAUUUGUGUGGAUACACAACACCAUCUUUCCUUAGUAGCACAUAUAGUAGAACCACUAAGAGAGAUAUUAUUGAUAAAUUGACAACGCCAUCUCUUAUUCGAACCACUAGAGCAUUACGCUCUCAAGCGUUGUGCAAGGACGGGGUUCGACAUCCAUUCCAGUUUAACUUUAUCAUCGAUGUAACAUCACGUUCCGAGAAUCAGAACUUCCGACUUGUAUUGGAUCAAAUUGUUCAAUUCUUCUAUUCAAGAUUUGAAAUUAAUGAUGAAUUCGUAAGCAUCAACUUGCUCACUGUUAACAGUGAGAAGGUUGGUGAAGUUUUCCAUGGAGUUCGCAUUUCUGAACUCGAAAACAUUCUCAAAGAUAUAAAUCAAGAAAGCGAAGACAUGAUUUCACCGAAAAUAGGAAAAGCAAUUGACACAAUGGUUGAGGUUUCGAAUGGAAAUCACAUUCCUGGUAGUGUUCGUAUUCUUCUUCUUGUUAGUUCAGAUGGCACGAGCAGCGAUUUAGCAGCACCAGCUGCCGAAAUAGCUGCUUCGGAAUAUCUGAUGAACACUAUCAGUGUGUCUAUUCGUAAGCCCAGUUCAGAACUUCUGUCUAAGUUGAGCGGGGGUGUUGCUACCAGAGUUAUCCAUCUGGAUGACUGGUCGGCAAUAGAUCUUUUCCCUAAUUGGCUUUCCUAUGUUAUCUGUGAUUACACGUCUUCCACUCGAACUCCUAAACUUCGGACAACAAAAACAACAACCAAGCGCCCUACAACAACAACUAAAUCACCAACAUCUUUCGAGCCAUCCAAUGUUGAAGCCACUGGAUUAGGCCCAUCAAAACUUAGCGUUUCAUGGACUUGUUGUACCAAUAACAAAGCAAAUUAUACUAUUCUCUACACUCAUGAUAAGAGCAUUCCUCGUAGAAACUGGAAGAGAUUACAAGCUACAUGCCGCGACAGUUUUGGAACAACAAUCGAUAACUUACCUUCUGAUCAUCAGUACACUGUGUGUGUUAUGACAACAACUCGUGCACUGAAUGAUUCUGCCAUCUUGGAAGAAGAAAACUGUGAUGCUAUCACUAUUAAUAAAGAUACAACACCUCCACCAGACUUUGAGGCUCCAACCAUUGCUCCUUGCAAUUGUCAAUGUAAUGGCGGUGAUGCAGUUCUGAGACCUGCCUGCGAUUUACUAACUGACCCAUUCCGUCCCAUCAGUACUUUGCCUCCUGCAACUACUGAGGAAUGUCCUUGCAAGGUUCAACCACACAGUGGUCGUUGCCCACUCGGUUAUCAGUUUAAGAAUCGUCAAUGCUAUGAUAUCGAUGAAUGCCAAUCAAACAACGGUGGAUGCACUCAUGGUUGCGUCAAUACUCCAGGAUCCUACUAUUGUGCUUGUCCAUAUGGAAUGGCACGCGAUCCUCUCAAUCCAACAGCGUGUAUUGAUCCAACCCACUCAUUCGAUCGUAUUGCCCAAUUAUUAGGUCAAUAUAUGGCUAACGCCAAGCUGAAGCUUCGCGAUUUCGGAGGAGCUGCACAGCUAACAGGCGAAGCUAACUAA